AUGGCCCGUGGUAACCAGCGCGACAAGGCCCGUGAGGCCAACUUGAAGAAGGCUGCCGGCCAGAAGUCCAAGAACACCAUGAGCGGCACCGAGUUCCAGCGUGCCAAGGAGUCUGCUGCUGAGAUCAUGAGGCAGAAGCAGGCUGCAUCCGAGGCUAAGAAGGCGGCGGCGGGUGCGGGUGGCAGUGAUGGAAAGAAGAAAUAG